UGACGACAACGGUUUAAGUGGUUAAUAUAAUAUAGACUUGUAAACAAACAUUUGUGAAAAAGAUAAUAACUUUGUUAUCACUCAUCAAUAAAAACAUAUUUCUUGUGAGUGCGUAGAGAGUACGAAAAACAACAAAACGUUAUUUUUAGGAACAAAAACAACUCUUGACAUUCCUCCUCCCCCACCAUUUCCAAAACGUAAAGGGUGAAAUAAAAAUGAAGUCGCAAUGAUGUGAAGAAUAAGCUUUGUUUUGUUUUUAAAUUUUAGUCGAGAUGGUAAGAAAAACGAAUUGAUUUGAUUCCAGGAAGUGAAAUGGACCAUCCUAUAUUCAUACCUUAUUCGCCUCCAAAUGGUGUACCUCAAGAAUCAAAACUUGCUACAUAUAUGAGUCGCCAGAAUACUAGUACACCAGUGAUUACAAAUUUAUCAUCAACAUUUUCAAAAAUAAAUAUUGGAUCUCCUAUAUCAUCCAAGAAAGUCGUAGCACAGUCUCCAGAAUUUAUUCCAGGAUCUCGAGUAGUUACAAAUAGUGCAUCAGCGUCUCCGAAUUUCUUUAGCUCAUUCCCAGGACUGGGUGAGUCUAUUACAUACCCACGUGCGAUCGAUUCACCUCACAGUGGAACAGUCUCUCCCCAUAUCACUCCACAGCCCUCCCCACCACCUCAUGCAAUCACAAAUUGCUCACCAAUUCCCCAGGUUGUUUUAGAGAAGCCUUCAGUUGUAGCUGCAUAUCAGGAAAAUGUAGGUGGCACUACGUAUUUUUAUCCGACAUCUGCAGAUAAUUCUGUGACGCCAAACGAUACAUUGAACUCGGUUGGGGUGGUUACUAGUAUCGCUUCCGGUUACCAGGUGUAUCCCGGCACCCCUAGUCACGUAGCUGCACUCAAGGGCCGUGGAGGCAACUCAUCCUACUUUGUUUCAGACGAUAUAAGACUCGACAUCCUCAACCGCAAUGCUCUCACGCUCAUGCAACCCGAUCCUGAACAAUUUCCAGAUCUUCCUCCAGAAGUGGAUAAUUACCAUGAAUUGUGCCCCAUCGAACCCAUUCCAUCGAAUCCCCUCCAUAAAGCUCACUUAGGUUACCAAGCGUCAAUGUACAAAGCCACCCAUGUAAAGACUGGCACCAGAUAUUGUUUAAGAAGAAUACACGGUUUCCGUCUUCAAAACACGAAAUGUAUGGCUUAUGUGGACCUAUGGAAGAAACUCAUCCAUUCCAACAUUGUACAACUAAAGGAGGUUUUUACCACCAAAUCCUUCGGAGAUAAUUCAUUAGUUUUCGUUUACGACUAUCAUCCAGGGUCGGAAACGUUGCUGUCGAAGCAUUUUUCUCCGGAUCAACUGAACGGAUAUACAGACCCCUUUGCGACCGAUCCUGCAGCUCCAAGACCUUACAGUCACCAGAAGAACAAUAUUCUUCGCUACCAACAGACUAACAAACUCCCUGAGCCUCUUAUAUGGAAUUAUAUCAUCCAGUUAACAUCAGCACUCAGAAUUAUCCAUGCGGCAGGUUUAGCUUGCCGUAGCCUGGAUCCUACAAAAAUUAUCCUAACAUCAGGCAAGCGUUUAAGAUUAAGCUGUUUGGGGGUGAUGGAUGUAAUUAUGAAUGACACAAGUACAACGAGCAACCCCAUUGCCCUGGUACAACACUAUCAGCAGGAAGACUUGACAGCUCUUGGAAAACUUGUGCUUGCCCUUGCUUGCAAGUCUACGAUGGCGGUUCAACGUGAGAAUAUAUCAACAGCUUUGGAAGUCGUAUCCAGAACGUACACGCCUGAUCUACGUAAUCUAAUCAUGUACCUUUUGUCAACGCAACAAAGAAGAAGUGUAACCGAUUUAAUGCCGAUGAUCGGGGCCCGUUUCUAUACCCAAUUGGACAACGUCCAGUCACGCACAGACAUCCUGGAGAACGAGGUUGCUAAGGAGAUGGAAAACGGUCGUCUCUUCAGGCUCAUGGUUAAACUGGGAACUAUUAACGAACGACCAGAGUUUAAUUUAGAUGGAACGUGGUCGGAGACGGGAGACAGGUACAUGUUAAAAUUAUUUAGGGACUACGUAUUUCACCAGGUCACUGAGGAUGGUCGUCCAUGGCUGGAUAUGGCUCAUGUUGUACAAUGUUUAAACAAAUUGGAUACAGGUGUACCUGAAAAGGUUUGCCUAAUGAGUAGAGAUGAGCAAAGUAUUUUGGUUGUGAGUUAUGCAGAGUUAAAACACUGUCUCGAGCAGUCGUUUGGAGAAAUACUUAACGCGUCGAUGGCGUCCCAGAACGUCACAUAAUGAUAAUAAUACUGAUAAAAGUAGUUGUCGUCUUUCAAAAAAAAAAGAUAAAAAUUAAAAAAAAUCAACAGAAACGAGAAGGGGGAAAUGAUUUGGAUCAGUUAAAGAAUCAGGAUAAUUAAGAAAGAAAUUGUACAAAAACAGGAACGAAACAAGUCGUUGUUGUGUAGUAAUUUUAUUAUUGGUGCAUAUAAUUAUCUAUUGUUAUUAUUAUUAAUUAUUGCUAUGCGGAUGUACAAUCUAUUUUUAAAUAGCAUCCUUUUAAACGUUGUUAUGAAAGAUGGUAUUUUUAAGGGGCUUACAAAUAUAUAAUUUUUGUAUAUUAGGUUUCUCAUUAAGAAUUGCACUUUUUUGCCUAGAUAUGGACAAAUUUUGAAUAAAAUGUUAAAAGUCUUCGAUGGAGAUUUCGUUGUACUAUAUUUAACUUCCAUUUCUGUGAUAGUGUGUAAUUUUCUUUUAAAGGUUGAAUUUAAUUGUUUAUUGUAAAAUAAUGCGAGUAUAAAAUUACCACAAAGUCAAUAAAGGUAAAUUAAAUAUAAAAAAUUUUCGGGAUAACUUUUGUUAAGUUCAAUAGGAAAAUGUUUCAUCUUUUAGUAAAAUUUUAAUUACAUAAUAACAUAGGGCAUUUAAACGGUUUAUUGAUAUAAAAGAAUGCAUUACUGAUGUAAUUUUUGUUUCUGUAUAUUUUUGUGUCUGAAGUGAGUCCCUUAGAGGUGACUUAAUUUCACUCAUCCGAUCAUUUCCUCCUUUCUACGUUAACGAAUUAAUUUAAUGAAUAAUUGUAACGUUGCAGCUCUUUAGGAUAUAAUAAUAAUAAAAGAAAAAAAUGAA